GAGACCCCAUCUCAAAAGAAAAAAAAAAAGAAUUCAGGAUCUUCUAGCCAAUGAGGGAAAAAACAGGUAUACUGACAACUGUCCCCACCCUCCUGAUUGUGGGUCUGUUAGUUUACCUGUCUACCCCUCCCAGCCAGGAGGGGUCCCCUAUAUCAUUCUCUCACACUUACCCUCUGGCUUUAGGAAGGGGUUCUAGGUCUAAGAGAGAACACAGAUGUUUUGACACUUGUUCCCACCCCAAGCUGUGACGUCUGGAAUUCAGGUUGUCUCCUUCCCAGAAGGCAAGCAGUCCUCACCCAGUGACCUAGGAUGGGUGUCAGAUGUAGUUUGCACCCGACUCCUGUCCCCCAGCCACAGGUUCCAGAGCUCAGGAUGCCACCGUUCUAGGAGGUGAACCAGAGGUGCUCCUCCCUACCAGGAACUCCCAAAUCUGCCACUCCCAACUAUGGGACAAGAAUUCAGGCCCUGUGCUCAGGAACACAGGAACUCCGACACCUAUCCUCUUCCCCAUAAGGGGACCCCCAUCCAGGGGUUCAGAACCCAGGACUGUCUCCUUCACAGGACCCCAGCUUCCCACAAGAGGAGCCCAGGAUGGAGAGAGGGGCAGAGCCAUGGCGUUGGGCACUGCAGACCUCUAGUGCUGGGUCCCAUGACUUCCAUCCAGAUCCUGCCCCAGAAGCAGCUGCCACUUCCACGCCGGGGAUGCGGCGCUCUGUGCUUGUAAGGAACCCUGGCCACAAAGGCCUGAGGGUGGUUUAUGAAGAGCUUGACUCUGACUCAGAGGAUCUGGACCCCAAUCCCGAAGAUCUGGACCCAGUGUCUGAAGACCCAGGGCCUGACCCAGAAGACCUCAACACUGUCUCAGAAGAUGCGGACCCCAGCUAUGAAGAUCUGGAGCCGGUCUCCGAGGAUGUGGACCCCGAUGCCGACGCUCCGGGCUCUAUCUUGGGCAACCGCGAUUCUGAACCCCAAGAUCCCGACCCCAUGUCUUCGAGUUUCGACCUCGAUCCUGAUGUUAUCGGCCCUGUACCCCUGGUUCUCGACCCUAACAGCGAUACUCUCAGCCCCGCCGCUCCAGAUGUGGACCCCCUUGAGUCCGGCCUCACUGCCACCCCCCGGGUCUUGGCCACCAGCCCCGAGGUGCCGUCCGCCCCUGCCAGCCCGCCCCGGCCCUUCUCCUGCCCCGAUUGCGGGCGAGCCUUCCGCCGCAGCUCGGGGCUGAGCCAGCACCGCCGCACUCACAGCGGCGAGAAGCCGUACCGCUGCCCCGACUGCGGCAAGUCGUUCAGCCACGGGGCCACCCUGGCGCAGCACCGCGGCAUCCAUACGGGGGCCCGGCCGUACCAGUGUGCCGCGUGCGGCAAAGCCUUCGGGUGGCGCUCCACAUUGCUGAAGCACCGCUCCAGCCACAGCGGGGAGAAGCCGCACCACUGCCCGGUGUGCGGCAAGGCCUUCGGGCACGGCUCGCUGCUGGCGCAGCACCUGCGCACGCAUGGUGGUCCACGGCCCCACAAGUGCCCUGUGUGCGCCAAGGGCUUCGGCCAGGGCUCGGCGCUGCUCAAGCACCUGCGCACGCACACGGGCGAGCGGCCCUACCCCUGCCCGCAGUGCGGCAAGGCCUUCGGGCAGAGCUCGGCGCUGCUGCAGCACCAGCGCACGCACACGGCCGAGCGCCCCUACCGCUGUCCCCACUGCGGCAAGGCCUUCGGGCAGAGCUCCAACCUGCAGCACCACCUGCGCAUCCACACGGGCGAGCGGCCCUACGCCUGCCCGCACUGCUCCAAGGCCUUCGGGCAGAGCUCGGCGCUGCUGCAGCACCUGCACGUGCAUUCGGGCGAGCGGCCCUACCGCUGCCAGCUCUGCGGCAAGGCCUUCGGCCAAGCCUCCAGCCUCACCAAGCACAAGCGGGUGCAUGAGGGCGCUGCCGCCGCCGCAGCUGCUGCUGCUGCUGCCGCCGCGGCUGCAGCUGCCGCCGCCGGCCUGGGCCUCGGCCCUGACCUGACCCCUGCAUCCGGGAUGAGGCCGGGGCAGGUCUCCCUCCUGGGUUCCGAGGCUGUCUCCGUGUUGGGCUCAGGUCUGGGCCUCAGCCCUGGCACCAGCUCUGGCAGCGGCCCUGACACUGGCUCUGUGCUGGGCACUGUCCCCAAUCCCAGCCCCAAGCACCUCUCUAGCUCCAGAUCCACCCCCAGCCCUAAUCCUGUGGAAUCACCUGACCCUAAACCUGGGCACGAUGCCGAUCCUGACCUUGUGGCCAGCUCUGACCAUGAAUCUGACCCCAGUCCUAAACCUGAUCCUGUGCCCAGCCCUGAACCCUGCUCUCCCACCCAUGACGCUAUCAGCCCAGCCCUCCCUACCAGCGAGAGUCCCGAGUGGGUGCAGGAGCAAGAGGCACUGCUGGGGCCUGAUGGCUGAAGGGGACGCUGGCAUCCAAGAGGGCCUGGGGAAGUUGUGUGUUGUGCAGUUAGUAAAAUCCUCCCACUGCUUCCUG